AUGCCCUCCGAUCUCAGCACAUGGCUCGUGUCCGUCCCAAAUGACGGCGAUGCGGAAGGAUUGUUGCAGGAAAUUAGUGGAAAGUUGAGCCAAUCGAAAGCCCUAUCACCUUCCAAUAUUUCCGAGCUUUCGGUACCAUCCCUGAAAACCGGGACGCUCGAGCUUCUUGUGUCACUAUCUGAGGAGUUGCCGAAGCAUGAUACUGCCUUCACGUCCAUCACAGCCAAACUAGUCGACACAUUACGGAAUUUGCUCAACAAUAACCCUCAGCGGCUCGCGGAACAUGUUUUGGUUGACGAAAGGAGCGUCGAUGACUAUCUCCUCAAAGGAUGGAGAUGGAAUUCUGGUAAAUAUGGCGUUCAGCGAGGUUUGCGCGAUUUGGUCGACACGCUAGAAAUUACGUCCAUUGACAAUGUGACCAAGAAUAGGCUAAACAACUAUAAUCUCGCGAAAGGAUCCCUCACACAAUUACAACGAAAGACUGCCGGGAACCUGUCGACUCGUUCGCUGAUCGGGAUCGUCACGAAGGAGCAGAUAGUCGAAUCGGAAUACCUAGAGAGUGUCUUCGUUGCAGUUCCAAAAAACAACGUAAACGAAUGGAACUCCAAAUACGAACGUUUGGCCCCAAUGGUCGUCCCGAGAUCCUCACAGAAAAUAUCCCAAGACGAUGAUUUUUCCCUCUUCAGCGUCACCAUCUUCAAGAAAUCGAAGGACCAGUUUUCCCAGAAAUGUCGAGAAAACAGAUUUGUUGUGCGAGACUUCGUGUAUGAAGAAAACUUGGUAGAAAAGCAUAAUUCCGAGUUAAGAGCAGCUGAACAAGCAGAGAAGGAACUCUGGUUGGAGAUGCUACGCGUAUCACGGACAAACUUUUCAGAAGCGUACCAAGUAUUAGUCCAUCUGAAAGUUAUCUGCCUAUUCGUUGAGAGUGUCCUCCGCUUUGGUUUACCUGCAAAUUAUACAGGACUAAUAAUAAAGGCCAGUAUAAGCCGCCAUUCCCCCACAGCUGAGUUUAACCAUCGUUCUUCGCUGCAGCCUGACCCGAAAUCAACGAAAAAAAUUCUCAAUACCCUUACAUCACACUUCGCAUAUUUAAGGCGUAAAGGAGGUAUAGAUAAGAAGUCGUCUGGAAAGGCCGAAGAUCUGAAUACGGGCGAGUACCAGGCCCUUAUGGAGCAAGAGUAUUUCGACUUUGUACUGUUUGAAGUCCCAUGGGUUAUAACGUGAAUCCUAAAAUCAAUUCGUUUUUGGUAUACUAAGCACGACCGCCAAACUAUGUACAAUCACAAGUGCA